ACCAUAACGAUAUUUGUUUUCCGUGUAAUAAAUUAUUUGGUGUACAAAAUAAAUAUAAAACUUUUCCUUUCAAAAUGCAGACAAAAGUGCAAAAUAUGCAAAAUUACUAUGGAUAUACGAAAUGUGGCGAAAUAUUAAGACCUCCGGCAGAAAGCUACCAGCGUCCAUAUGUUUUGAAAUGUUUCACCUGCAAGGAAAUACAUUUACUCUUGGAGGCAUUCAUAUUUCAUAUCGAAGAUCAUUGCAAAGGUGAAAUUACAAGAGAGGAACCGCAUACGAGUGCGAAAGGAUUCUCUGAUACUAUACAAAAUAACAAUGAUGUUGACGAGCAAAUGGAGCUAGGGGAUAGAAUUGGUGUUACAGAUGUAAACGUAAAAGUUGAAGAAAAUAAUUAUGGCAUGCAAACGGUCGAUCCCUUGAUUGUCAUAAAACCAGAAUAUUUUUCAGACGAAGAAUUCUCUUCAGUAAAAGAUGAGUCAAAAAUACCAGACAGUAAGAUCACGAAUAAAAUCAAUGAAGUCAAUAGCGAAGUAAAUAAUUCAUCACUAGUGAAGGAAGUAUGUGAAACAGAUGAUUCGAUGGAAAAUGUGGACAAAAUUAUGGGCGAAGAUUCAGACUGUAGUUAUGAUGAAAUAGAAAAUACCUCUGAUAAUAGUGUAUCUUGCGAUGAUGAUGACGACUACGAAAUUGUGAAAAAAUCUAAGAAUGAAUGGGAAUGCACCAGAGGACAGUUACCUUAUAUAACCGAAUUUCUGAAAUCAAAGAAACAUGUAAUGGCUCUCAUUGAGGCCUACAAAAAUCAACCAUCUUUAUGGAAUAAAAAUUUCCCAUUUUUAAGGCAUAAGUUAAAACGUCAAAACUGUUUACAACAAAUUGCUCAAGAACUUAAUACACAACAUAAUAUGGAUAUUACUUGGAACCAAGUUGCAAACAUUGUCGUAUUUUUAUGUCGAAAAUAUCGUGAAGAUUUAAAAGGUAUAAAAGAAACUAAGGAAGACGAAAAGAAAUACAUUUCAUCGUGGUUCUUCGAAGAUUUAAACUUCUUAAAACCUUUUAUGGAAAAUAAUCCGAUUGCAAAACUGGACUCACAUUUGCCGGAUCUAUUGCCAGAUCAAAUAAUACAAAUAUUAGAAAUAUAUAAAGGAUUUCCCCACCUUUGGAAUACGGAAUUGAUUGAACAUUAUUGUAAAAAUAAAACAGUUGCUGCCAAACAAGAAAUGUUGCAAAUAUUAGAAACGAAGAUGGGUUUAAAAAUUACAGAGCACAUAUUGGAGGAUUAUUUUCGCACUAUAAAUAAUUGUUUUACACGAGCGAAACGCAAUAAAUUGGACAAUAAACCAAACAAGAAGAGCAAAGUAUCAGUUACAGAUGACAACGCACAGGAGGACUAUUACGAACACAUGCUUUUCCUAUAUGAUCACGUAGGUUUCUUUAAAUGUUCUGAAUGUGAACGUUCAUUCAAAAGUACAUUAUACUUAAAAAUACACCAAACUCAGGUUCAUGGAGCUGAACCGCCCUCGUGUUCCUUGUGCCAAAAGGUUUUCAAAACUGUCAAUUCGUAUACAAAUCAUGCAAAACGUCAUAUGGAAGAUCUUAAUCACGAGUGCAAAGAAUGUGGAAAGAAAUUUCUACAUUCCAAUGAAUUACGCAUACACAUGCGUAAUCAUACCGGAGCCAAACCAUUUUGUUGCGAAAUAUGUGGUGCUUCUUUUCGGCAUAUUCAAGGUUUUAGUAAUCACCAUAGACGUCAUAUAAAAAAUUAUCUACAUACUUGCCACAUUUGUAGCAAGGGUUUCUAUUCAAAAGAUCGUUACAAUGAUCAUAUGAAUGCGCAUUCUAAUAUACGUUCGCAAAUAUGUAAUGUAUGUGGCAAGACAUUUAUCACCAAAAGAUCAUUGCAGCAACACGUCGUAAUACAUGAUGAUGUUCGAAGACACGCGUGUAAAUUAUGCGGUAAAACGUUCAAACACAAAACUGGAGUUAAUCAGCACAUGAGAACACAUGGCAUAGCCAACAGUGAAGAAAAGAGUACGAUUAAUAAAGAAUAAAACAUAUUUGUAUUCAAAAUGCACUAUUAGUUAUCGUUACUGUUUAAAAACAAUUAAUGUGAAUUAUAAGUUAUAAAUUAUUAUUAACAAUAAAUUCUGAUUACUUUCAUUAUUAAUUUUA